AUGCGGCCCCGGCUUCUGUGGGGCGCCGUGCGGGGUCUCUGGGCGCGCCCGGCAGCGGCCCCGGGCCGCCGGCCCCGGAGCGGCGGGGGCCCGCCGGUGGAGGAGCUGUUCGCCCGCGGCGGGCCGCUGCGCACCUUCCUGGAGCGCCAGGCGGAGGCUCCGGCCCCGGCGCAGGCCCGGGGCCCCGAGCUGGCGGCCGCAGCCCGGCGGCUGAGCGAGAAGGAGCGGGAGCUGCGGGAGACCGAGCCCCUGCUGCACGAUGAAAAUGAAGACCUAAGGAAACUUGCAGAGAAUGAAAUAGCUUCCUGUCAAAAAGAAAUAGCUCAAUUGAAGCAUCAGAUUACCUUACUUUUGGUUCCCUCAGAAGAAACAGACGAAAAUGAUUUGAUCCUGGAGGUAACUGCAGGCGUUGGGGGUCAGGAGGCUAUGUUGUUUACUGCAGAGAUGUUUGAUAUGUAUCAGCAAUAUGCUGCUUUUAAAAGAUGGCAUUUUGAAACCCUGGAAUAUUUUCCAAGUGAAAUAGGUGGGCUUAGACACGCGUCUGCCAGCAUUGGGGGUGCAGAGGCCUAUCGGCACAUGAAGUUUGAAGGAGGUGUGCACAGAGUGCAGCGAGUGCCCAAGACAGAGAAGCAGGGCCGCAUUCACACCAGCACCAUGACCGUGGCGAUACUGCCCCUGCCCACCGAGAUUAAUCUAGUGAUUAAUCCUAAAGACUUGAGAAUUGAUACUAAGCGAGCCAGCGGAGCUGGGGGGCAGCAUGUAAAUACCACGGACAGUGCUGUCCGGAUAGUUCAUCUUCCAACAGGUGUUGUUUCUGAAUGCCAACAAGAGCGAUCUCAACUGAAAAAUAGAGAGAUGGCUAUGAAAAAGUUACGUGCAAAACUAUACAGCAUGCAGCUUGAAGAAGAAACAAGUAAAAGAUACAAUGCUAGAAAGAUUCAGAUUGGAACUAAAGGAAGGUCAGAGAAAAUAAGGACAUAUAAUUUCCCACAGAAUCGUGUCACAGAUCACAGGAUAAACAUGUCACUUCAUGAUCUUGAAACGUUUAUGCAAGGAGAGUACCUACUGGAUGAACUUGUACAGUCAUUGAAAGACUAUGCGGAUUAUGAAUCGUUAGUAGAAGUUAUUUCCAAAAAAACUUUAAAUUGA